AUGGUUGCAAGUGGAUCAAUUAAAACUAUUGAUCGAAGCAUAUUGUGGAAGAAAGCAAGGGAAAAAAAGGACGGCACCUUUGAUGAAGUGGCCAUACCAGUAAUUGAGAAAAUAGACAAGCUAUUGAAAGAGUCUCAAGAGAAUGGUAGAAGUGUUAGUGGAAGUAAUGAUAUACUUGUGGAAGCAUUGGGUACUCCUGAGUAUAGUGGUCGAGUUAGGGCCAAAGGGAAGCACUACACACCUCGCCAAUAUUUCAAUAGUGCUGCAGAUCGUGCUGUCAGGGAUUUCAUAGCAGCAUCUAAAGAAGAACAAAGAAUAUUUCAGGCAGAAGUGCUAGCAAAACUGACUCAAGUAGGAGUUGUUACUCCCCAAUCUGAUGUUAGCAGUUCAAACAUGAAGCAAAAACAACUUCUCCUACCAGAAGCAGUGGAUAAGCCAAUCUGUAAAGUUGAAGAUGUGACCCCACCAGAAGCAAUAGAACCACAGAAGAAGGUUAGAAAAUGUGAGCUGGCCAUAGGCACCAAGGAAAAUAUAGUGGCAGGUGGAACAAUUAUACUUGAAUGUGGUCCCAACUAUUUAGUAGUUGUUGAUGCUCCUUAUGAUUCAAGUGCACCCCUUCCCAUUCCUAUUCCUGGACAAACUACUACUGUUGGGGCUGCAAUUGGUUACCAAGUUUUGUGGCCAACUGAUUUGGUCAUCAUCCGUACUCCCAUCUUAGCAUCUAAGAAAGCAAAGAAACAAAAAGUAAAUGAAGUUGAAGUCAAAUCCAAGGGUGAAAAACCACAAGAUAUGAAAAAUUUUGAGACAUUGGUUGGCCUCAUGCUGAGUACAUCAAGAGCAUACCCUAUAAACUUCCCAGAGGAUGUUUUUGGUGAGAGUUUCAAGACCUUCAUGAUGAAAGAAGAUAUGGAAAUGAUAAUAUCAUCAAAAGAAGUGUCAUCCAAUUGUAUUUUAUACUACAUCUGGCAUUUGCAUAGAAAGUUGAUUGAUGCAAAGCAGGCCGAACGAUAUGUUUUUGUCAAUCCAGCAUUGGUCUCAAAAGCUGGAAUAGGAGAGGGAAGCAAGGAAAACAGGUCAAGGGUUAUUGCAGAUCGACUAAAGAAUACAAAGCAUGCUGAAUAUAUGCUUAUUCCAUACAACCUAGAGUAACCUUUUAUCCUAAAUAUCAAUAUGGUGUUUGUAAGUUAGUUUGUGAUGUUUGAAUUUGUGGAUACUAUAUUACAAUUUUCAUUUCUUUUCUUUAGUUUUCAUUGGGUGUUAGUGGCAUUGGAGAUGAAGAAAAUGAUUGCAUAUUACCUUGAUCCAAUGGCAUGUCAACCAUGUGAUGAUCUUAAGGACAUAGUUAACAUGGUAAUGAGAAUCAACCCACCGGAAAAACAGAAAACAUCAAAGAGGGAGCCAACUUGGGUGAAAGUGGUUUGCCCAAGACAACCAGGUAGUGUGGAAUGUGGGUAUUACGUGAUGAGAUAUAUGAAGGAAAUCAUUGCUAAUCCAAACCAACUAACAUCAAAGUUGGCAGUGUUUUCAAUAUGGAUCAUUUUGGGGGUUGCUCUAUUAUGAUUGAUGUAUAGUUGGCAUAUUGAGAGGUGAAGCCAAGUAGACAUGGUUGUACAAAAAGGCAUAGGUCAUUCUAUUAACAACGUCACUACUGCUCUUGAUGAAGGACACCUACAAACAAUUCAAAAUAUAUCAUCAAAAGAAUUUUGAGAUUGAGCAUCUAGAAAGUGAGUUACAACCAUCCUUUUGCACUUGGAAGAAAAAUGAUGUAAAACUAGAUGUAGUGAAGGUUA